GGUUCCCCACAUCAUGCGGAUAAUUCUAAAACUUUUCAAGACUUUUCAUCAUAAUACCUUGAUCCAAAAUAGAAGAUAUUUACUAGGUGAUGGAGCAUUAAGAAUACAAAGCUAUUUAAGCCACUGUCAGGAUUAUCAGAGCAACUACGAUGACGCCAGAAGAGAAACUUUUAUGGCUGAAAUGAAAGAUAAACUAACAACAGGAGAUGUUGUUUUAAAAGACGAACUCAAAACAAUGAUCCAUCUGGUGAAGACAGAUGAAGAUGUAAAUAUGUGUAUACAAAUGGCUAAACAAUUCCAGAAAGUAAAAUAUCAGCUUCAACAAAGAUAUGAUUUUUUCUUUGGUCCUGUGUUUAUGAGGAUGUUACAUCAUUCUAAGAAAGCAGACAUUGCGUUUAUGUUGAUGGAAGAUAGGAAGGGGUUGAGAAAUCUGCUAUUCCACCUGACUGCAGUUGUGAUCUAUAUGGAUUUGUUGUUUGAGGCAGGAAAGUAUGAACAAGUUGUCAAAUGUUAUGAAGAACUUGAUAGAGCUCAAAAGUAUAAGCACCUACCAUUAAGAAAUCACAUGACCUUGGCAUUGGCAGCUUUGUAUAAAAUGAACAGUCCACAAGCAUUAGAAAAAGCUACAAAUUUAGUUCAAGUUACAUAUCACAACAGUAAGAGAAUAACAUCACCAAGAACAAGAGCAUACGCUGCAGCUUUAGCAUUAAAUCAGAAUAAUCCAGAUCUUGCAUUAGAAAUACUAAAAUUGUCUGUUGAAAGUGAUUUUGUACAGAGUCUGAAUAUGGCAUUAAAAAUAAUUGCAUUGUCAAGACUUGACCAAGUAGAUGCUGCAAUGGAAUUGCUUGAUAAAUAUCAUGUUCAAACAUCUAUCAGCUAUGACAAUCCAUCAAAAAUAUUUCCAGACUGUAUAGAAGCUUUAAGUAAAAUGGUUGACAGAAACGAUGACCCACAAAUUAAACAGACAUUUACUGAUACAAAAACGGAUUUGAAACAAGCUCAACUUGUAAAUGAUGUUUCAAUAUUUGACAAGCUUUGUGACACAAUUCAUAAUAGUCGACCUGAUAAUGAACAUAUACAAAAUUUACAGGAUAAACGAGGACGACUUGUUAGAGAUCAUCACAGAUAUUGAAAUGUUCUGACUUUUUGUGUGGAAGAUGUCAGACUUAUAAAUGAUGUUUCAAUAUUUGACAAGCUUUGUGACACAAUUCAUAAUAGUCGACCUGGUAAUGAACAUAUACAAAAUUUACAGGAUAAACGAGGACAUCUUGUUAGAGAUCAUUACAGAUAUUGAAAUGUUCAGACUUUUUGUGUGGAAGAUGUCAGAAAAUUAAUGAGACCACAAAAUUGUUACACUGUGCCAUAAAAGAAUUCUUAUUUAUGGACUACAAUUGUAGUUUAAUAGAUUGCUGACUAGUUUCUUGCCAUGGUGUCUGUGCUUACGAUGUAGACUGAGAUUUUGAUUGUUGAAUGUUUAGAUUUGACUUAGAUACACAUGUAUUGAAAUACUGAGUUGUUUAAGAGUUGUCAGAAGUUUUUAAGAGAAAUAUAAAGAUAAAAAAAGGGAUGAAUAUAUAAACUUGUUUGUUAUGAAUAUGAAUUAUGAGAUUGCCUAAUUACAGAUACAUUUGUAAUUAAAUGAAGACAAAACAU